AUGGUGGAUUGUGAUGAUGACGAUGAUAUGCCUAACAAGGCCAAACACCUCUUCCUCCAGCUUAGGAGUGUCGAGCCUCGACCCUCCAACGUACCUAUCUUAUCACUAGCCUUGCACAAUGCACAACCGCCACACGGCGCCUUCAUUGGUCGAAACCACUCAGAGGACAAAUCUCUGAACCCCAAGAGGGUCGUCGCUCUCCUGCCUGGUGUCCAGCGGGCCGUACCUUGGGCGACGAUAAGUAUAUCCUCAAUGCCAGAAACGCGUCCGGCAGCAGCCAUUGACGGGCUCAUCUUCGCCCUUCUCCUUGAUGAACCCGCCCCAACGAAAUGGUUCCUCAAGCUCAACCUCCUCUAA